UGUAUUGCGAUUGAUUGAUUGCCCAGCGACAAGAUACACAGAUUUCAUUUGUCUUCAACAAAUUAACUACAAAGGGGAUAUAUUGAACGGCCUUUGCGCAAUCCGAGUUAGUCGCAAGCGCGGAUCGCCAAAGGACAGGUGACAAAUGGCCGGAUUAACACUGCUGUUCGUCCUAAUCCUGGCCAGCUUCUGUGCGCGCUCAUCAAAUGCCGCCGAUACUGCCCAGAUACUGAGAUACGACAAUGAAAACUUGGACAGCGAUGGCUAUGCCUUCUCAUUCGAGACCAGCGAUGGUAUCUCGCGUGAGGAGAGAGCCACCCUGAAGAAUCCUGGUACUCCCGAGGAGGCAAUCGCCGUCCAGGGCAGCGUCAAUUGGGUGGGACCCGAUGGGGUCCACUAUAAGCUGAACUAUCUGGCCGAUGAGAACGGCUUUCAGGCUCAGGGCGAACAUCUUCCGCAGGUUGAGCACUGAUCACGUGAUAGCUUUGGACUUUGUUGAAUAGAUAAAAGAAUAAACAAAAGCAAAAACCAUCGAAUAGCUAAAGUAGGCGGGUAGACAAUAGAAAUGAAAUACA